AUGUCUUCACCUGUCAAUAAGAGAUCUACUUCUGGGUCCCGCAGAUUCAAUCCUCUGAAGGCCCUGCAGCCCAAAUGGCGCUUGCAGCAAAUACUGUCCUCUCCUUCUGCACCCCCUCUUUUUGACUAUUGCAGGUUUAUAGAGCUAGACUACACCCCCAUGGAGGCAGGAAUUAUGGUCUCUAUGAGGCAGAGCAGAGGAUUUUUGACAUCAAAGUCUCCGGAGCGCCACUGUCGGCGGAGUCCAGCACCUAUCAGUAACCGUGAUCCCUAUGGCAAUGCCUCGCUCAGCAGCAGCAGCAACUCAGGAUCAUGCAAGGGGAGUGACUGCAGCCCCACCCCCAGGCGCCAUAUGAAGUACACCUCCUGCACGGAUAACCAUGGUAUUAAGCCACCUCCUCCUGAGCAGUACCUGACUCCUCUGCAGCAGAAAGAGGUGUGUAUCAGACAUCUGAGGGCACGACUGAAAGAGACUGUUGAACGACUCCAGGACAGAGACUCAGAGAUCGAUGAGUUGCGAACUCAGUUGUCCCGGAUGCAGGAGGACUGGAUUGAGGAGGAGUGCCAUCGGGUUGAGGCCCAACUGGCCCUGAAGGAGGCACGCCGGGAGAUCCAGCAGCUGAAGCAAGUCAUUGAUGUUGUACGGUCCAGCCUGGGUGAGGCAGACUCGGGUGUGCAGAAGUGCUUUCAAGACAUCAAUGUCCAAAAUCACAAGUUGGAGACCCUGCUGCAGAGCAUGGAGCUGGCACAAGCCGGAGUGGCAAAGGUUGCGGAAGCCCCAGCUAGGGGUGGGGCAGUGGGGGCAGGGCCGUGGGUUGGUGAGGGGUCAGUGGGCUCUUGUGAAGGCUCGCCGGCUCACUCACUAACCCGCAGCUCUACCUACACUAAACUGAGCGAGCUGGCACCACCCGAACGCAAUGAAAGUGGCAGUGGCUCAGAUGUGGCAUGCUGCCUAUCAGCUGAGGGUACACAGGAUAGUGGUUUUGUGUGCUGUGGGGAUAUGGAAGGGAGCGGAGCCACACGGACUGAGCUGCUGCUGGAAGCUGCUUGCCUAUCAGAGGAAACAGCAUCACUGCUGAGCGCUUGCUCACGCCUGCCCCACUCAGCUACCUAUGAGGCACUAUGCUGUGGAGAGACGCGAAUGUUGCCACUGCGCUGCAGCUUGGGUAGAACUGCUGGAGGAGAGGCAGCUACGAGCGUCAGUCAACCCUGCCUGUCGCAUCACCACCUGUACCUGCAUCACCUACGAGAACAGGCAAUUCAGACAGAAUGCGACCCUGGACCAGCCUCAGCCCCAGUCCAUGGAGCUGCUUUUGGCUCUGACUUGGAUACUAUUGCUGAGGUUCGCACUUUCCGCUCUCAGGCCUGCAGCCCCACCUCCACCUGGCUGUCAGAUGAGGGUGACGAUCUAGACUCAGUCACCACUGAAUCAGUCAUCACGGCCACAGCUGGUGGGAAAGCCCUUUUCACAGAGACUGUCUCCACUGAGUCAGCCCUAGCAUUAGGUGCCAUGCCAUUUUCUGCAGUGGAACCAUUUAAUAAAUCAUCUGCUGCCACUGAGUCUGCUGUGACGCUAGCUGUUGUUGAUAAUUCUUUUGCUGUGUUGCCCACUGCAACACCUAUGCCAGAACCUGAUCCUUCCCAAAAUUCUUCUUCUCAAGAUCUGCUCCCAAACCCUGAUUAUGCCUCUUGUCCUGUGUCGAGGAUGCCAUUGAUGGAGGAGAAUGGCGAGCCCACCCCACAAACCACCCAGCCACAGCGUGUAGCCUCACAGGCUGACAUCAAUGGGGCCACUGUUGUAGAGGUGGAUGAGGAUAAUGAAGAAGACCAGGACAAAGGAGCAGCCAGUGCAACGGGCUCUGGCUGCGGUGUGGCUGUAAAGAGCUACUGGAGCCGCCAUUUUUUAGUGGAUCUAUUGGCUGUGGCAGUACCAGUGGUACCCACAUUGGCAUGGCUGUGUCGGGGCCCACAGCACAGAGGCCAGCCCAUGUACCACAUUGGGUCAUUGCUGCGUGGUUGCUGUACCGUAGCCUUACACUCCCUGCGCCGAGGGGGAGGUCUGCGCCAUUACCCUGCAGGGGGAGGGGGACCAGGAGGCAUAAGUAUAUGA